ACAUCUCUAAGGCUUUGCGGCAUUGAGCAAAAUUUUUGCAAAAAUUUGUGAGUUUACGCAGCACAGCUACCUAAAUGGUUUAGUUUCGCAAAGCGACCGAACAAUAGCUGCAGGCCAGAGUUUCCGUGUACCGGUUGGGUGCAAUUCGCAGGAGAAAAAGAGGCGAUCCAACUGCUGCAUACUGAGAGGAUAGGGCAGUCAGCCGAUGUGUCAAUGUUAAUCGCGCUCUUCGCGCUUGCACACUUGCCAAUCUUUCGUAAGACGCCGCCCCCAGCCUCUCCGACGCCCCCGCCGUCUGCCCCCCAGUCGCCAAGGUGUGGCACCGCGCACCAUCCAUUGCCAGCAGAAGUCCGCAUCAGCGCUCCGGCAAUCGACGCAGCAUCCGAGAUGAGUAGUAGCACCGACCAGGAUCAGCCCAUAGCCGCCAACGGCAAUGCGGCGGAGCCCCAGGAGGUGGAAAUCAUCAACUUCCUGCCGCACGAGAAGCAAUGCUGCCGCGUCAUCAGGGCCAAUCAUACCAAGGUCCUCACCUCCGGCGGCGUCCACACACGCGGCUCCUCCAAGGUCAAGCUAAAGAACAUCGUCGACUACAAGUGGGAGCGAAAGUACUACUACCCGGGACACCUGGUGGCCGUCCACCGCGAUGGCAAACACCUGGCCUACGCCAUUAAUGUCAACAACAAAGCCACUGGCAUGGAGGGCAUGGUGCGCGUCUGCAACAUCAGCAGCAGCAUGCGGGCUUUAAUCAAGGGGAUGAGUGGCGAGGUCUUGGAUCUGCAGUUCGCCCACACUGAUCGCGAGCGCAUUCUGGCUGUGAUCGAUGUCAACUCGCUGUUUGUCUAUAAAGUUGAUCAAAUCGAGGGAAAUCUUCUGUGCAAUCUUGUGCUGAAGGUGGAGGACCCGAUCGCCAACUAUGUGCCGGAGUACGACAUGGUCUCUUGGUGUCCCUACGUCUGCAGCACCAACUCUACUGUUCCGAUCAACGACGAGGACGAUGAGAAUCAGCUGCUCAUUUGGUCGCGAAGCUCGCAGUUUCAGUGCUUCCAUGUCAAGAUGAUUGUCUCUGAGCAUGGGCGUGGUAAAAUUCAACCGGGUGCCCUGGAAACUGGAUAUCUGAAGAUCGAGGAGGACUCGCUGAUCACCUGCGCCGCUUUGUCCCCGGAUGGCACCACAGUGGCCGCAGCCUGCGCCGAUGGCUUAGUCCGCUUCUACCAAAUCUAUCUGUUCGAUGUGCGCAAUCAUCGUUGCCUGCACGAGUGGAAGCCACAUGAUGGCAAGAAGGUCUGCUCACUAUUUUUCCUGGACAACAUCAAUAAGCCUGUUGAAGAUUCCUACUGGCAGCACGUAAUCACCACCAGCGAUGCCAAUACUGAAAUCAAAUUGUGGAACUGCUCGCUAUGGGAAUGCCUGCAGACUAUUAACGUGGUGGCAAGUAGUCCGUCAACAGGGCAACCUGGAAACUUCAUUGCGGGCAUCGAUCGCAGUGCCAACUAUUUAGUGCUAUCCUGCCUAGACUCGCUGGCCGUGUAUGUGAUGCAGAUUACUAAUACUGAAAGCGUAGAGCCCAACGAUGGAGACAGUGACAGCGAGGGAGAUGCAAGCGACUCCUCCAAACGUAUUCAGAACGUGGCCGAAUUCAAGCUCAGCUCGGGCAUUCUCUCCUUCUCGAUUGUGAACGCCAGCAUGCGUCGAGUGAAGAGCUCUAUCGAGAGCUACUAUCCCAUCGAGGAGGCCGAUGACUUUGACGACGACACCAACUCCACCAGUGCGCUUGUGCUGCACAUGUUUGUGGUGCAGGCAAAGAGCCUUCAGGAGUGCCAAAUCAUUUACCAGCCGUGCGUGGCAGUGGCCGACAAGCCAGAGCGCCGCAGCCUGAGCAGCAAGCGUUCCGAGACGCCGGAGGACAAUCUGCUGAUCAAACAGGAGCCGGAUUCGCCCAACAGCGGAUCGGCGGGCACAGUGCAGCUGGAUGCUCUGUUUGCCAAAUCCGCCAAGAGAUCCUCAACGGGCAGUUCAUCUGCCAUAGUGGCUGUGGCGGCAGCAGCAGCUGCUGCUCCUUCGGCCGUUAUGCAGGAUGCAGAACUGAGCUCCGCUUAUCCACAACAUGUGAAUCUCAUGACCCCAGAUGCAUUCAGUGCCAGCGGCACCUCCGCGGCAACUGCUGUGGUGGUGGCCUCCAGCACCACGACUACGACAGGAACUGAUAGCUCUGCAGCCGUCGGCGGAAAUGACCGAUCGAUUGAUUCGGCAGUUCUGCAAACACUUCGUAUGCUUGCCACGGUUACGUCCAAGACAUCAGAAAACCCUAAUGCAGAGGUUCUGCUCAACCUCAUGAACAACACUCUGAUCGAAGACCGCGAGCAGCAGAAGCUGAAGGAAAAGCUUGACGCUCGCAAGAAGUUCGUUUCCAUUGAUCGAAAUCCGGAGCGUAAUGUGGCUGAGAACUUGGCCAGCGGCGGUUCGAGUCCGAGCCGCGAGGUGCAGGAGAUAAUGGCCACUCAGGAGGAUGCCGAUGCCUACGAAGCGGAGCUCGAGAAUCUGGACGAUGAUGAUGACGAUGAGGAGGAAGAGCUGGCCAUCUCAUCACCCCUGUUGGAGGCAGUGGAUGGAAACUGGCCCAUUGUUAAGUUGCCAUCCCUUACCAACUCUGCUGAGCUCCAAAAUGCUGCGCAAAUCAUGUCCCAGGCAGUGCAGAACACCAACAAUGGCAAUGUGCCGCCCACGCUUGGUGGUGGCGGUAAUAACAAUAACACCAGUGUGGGCAGCAACAGCAACAACAACACGGCCACAACGCUGAACACGAGCAACAGCAGCAGCAACAACAACGCAGGCGGAGCAGGGGAUGGCUCAAGUGGAAAUGGAGAGCUGAAUGCCAAGCUGGAACUUCUUCUAGACCUAGUAAAGGCUCAAUCCAAGCAACUGAACAAACUGGAGCACGAGGUCACCAAGCUGCAACAACAGCAGGAGGCGGUGGUGGCCCAGAAUAGCAAACUGGAUGCUUCUUUGGAGCCCAAAAAUGUCAAUCAGCUGGCAUACAAAAUCGAGAUGCAGCUGUCCAAGCUGAUGGAGCAGUACCUCAAGCGAUACGAAAAUGAACAUAAAAAGAAAUUGACCGAAUUCCUGGCGGCACGUGAGAGUCAAAAUCGCGAACUACGCGACUCUGUGCUUCAGGUACUAAACCAGUACGUGAUGAAUCACUUUACGGACAUUAUUGGAAACGUUCUCAACAUGGAACUGCAGCGACAAUUGCUUCCACGAGUGAAUGCCAAGAUGGAUCAGCUGCAAGCCCAAAUGCAGGUCGAGAUUGUACAGAAGUUGAGCGUGUUUGACAAGACGGUCAAAGAGAAUAUUGCCCAAGUAUGCAAGAGCAAGCAAUUUUUGGAUACCUUUGGCAAGUCCGUGCUGAUUGGCGUGCAAACCAGCCUCCAGACCGCGUUUAUUGAAUCCAUGAGCAGCACAUUGAUUCCAGCUUAUGAGAAGUCCUCGCAGAACAUGUUCAAACAGCUGCAUGACGCCUUCAGCGUGGGCAUAAAAGAUUUCAUGGUCCAGUUCAAUACCUACCUGCAGCACAUGCCCCAGCCCCAGGCUGUAGGUGCCAACUCCGAAGAGCUGAACAACAAGCUGACUAUGCUGAAGCAGCUGGUCGAGAGCAGUCUGCAUAAACAUCGCACUGAACUAACGGACGCCAUGCUGGAGACGCAAAGAGAGGUGAAGAGUUUGGAGAUAUUGCUGGCGCGCCAGGUGCAGGAAACGAUCCGAAUUGAACUGCGCAAGCACAUGGAGACCCAGAACAUGGCCAUGCGUUCGCAGGCAGCCACACCGGCACCCCCGUACGACUUGAGGGACAGCAUUAAGCAGCUCUUACAGACGGGGCAGAUCAAUAAGGCCUUUCAUCAGGCCUUACUGGCCAACGACUUGGGCCUGGUUGAAUUCACUCUCCGGCACACGGACAGCAACCAGGCCUUCGCUCCCGAGGGAUGCAGGCUGGAGCAAAAGGUCCUGCUGUCGCUCAUUCAGCAGAUAUCCGCUGACAUGACCAAUCACAAUGAGCUUAAGCAGAGAUAUCUCAACGAGGCUCUCCUGGCCAUCAACAUGGCUGAUCCCAUUACCCGCGAGCACGCCCCCAAAGUGCUUUCCGAUCUGUAUCGCAAUUGCCAGCAGUUCAUCAAGAACAGCCCCAAGAACUCGCAGUUCAGCAACGUCCGGCUGCUGAUGAAGGCGAUCAUAACGUACCGCGACCAGUUGAAAUGAUAUCAAGAGAACUUCAACCUGGCCAGCGGCUGGUACUGAUAGACUAACCAUCCGAUCCCGCCCGGUCACGAUCCCCAUCCAGGAUAGUUAAUCUAGGACCACACACACACAUUAAUACAUACACGCUUGCAGUUCAUCCCUCAAAGAGUUAAAAUUUAAUCUAUGCCUCUCAUUUUAUUGUUUAUUUGUUUUGUGCGUGUUUUGUUUUAAGUAAGGCUUUAUAUCUUAUGUUAAUGUCUCUAUAUCGAAACUGUAUUAACCUUAGAAAGAUUUUCCUAAAAAUGGCAAUAUUGUUUUUUUUUAAAUUAAAUUUUGCACCGAUCUGCGAGCAGUUCGCCUGUGCUGCCUUUUUAGUUUCGUUCCAUUAGAUUUUCCUUUUAUAAUUAUGACGCUUACUGAAGAAAAGAAAACAAAAAACACUAGAAACUGAGCUGUAGAAACGUAUUUAAAAAAUGAUUUCCAAAAGAAAAGAAACUUUCGAUUAUGACGAACAACACAAAAACAAUUAUGAUGAUUGCAAAUGCAAAAACUACAAGUAAAUCGUAGAUAUUAAGCUAAAAACAAAAUGAGUAAAAAAAAAAAAACUAAAAUUUAUAAUAAACAAAAAAUAAAUGUAUGUACUUGAAAA